AGCUGUUACCUAGUUACAAGCAAGAGACGGUGCGACCUGCGUGCAGUUAUACUGUUGCGCUGGUGACUUUCAGUGCAUCAGUCGGUCCGGGAACAGACGGAGGAAAAAACUCACCGAGAAACACACCGGAGGACCGGGGCGGACUGCUUCACGGCGGAGGAUGAGAAUAAAACACGUCCUGACAGGGAAUAAGCGAAGUGCAGCUGCUCUUCUCGCGUUGUUUCAUCAAUAAAUCCUAGUCUCCUCGGGGAGAUCGCGGUUUGAAAAGUCUCAGCAUAAAGAACAGAUGGGCGGGAGCUGAGACAACAGAAGGACGAAGCGACAGAAAGAGCACAUCCAUGGGUGUCGUCUCGCUUCCCGGGCUGGAGAUGACGGAUGAGAUGUGGGAGAACGGCAGCUCUGCCAGCCCCUCGCCUGGACUCCCCCUGUUUCUGCUCAUGUUCAACGACAGCGAAAUGAAUGAGACCCUGUUCAACUCCACCAACUCCACCACCGCAGAUGUCUCCUCAGGUCCCGGCGUGGCAGGGGUCCUCAUCUCACUCAUAUACAUAGUCGUUUGCAUCAUCGGCCUGGGUGGAAACACUUUAGUGAUUCACAUUGUGCUGCACUACUCGAAGAUAGAGUCCGUGACCAACAUCUACAUCCUCAACUUAGCCAUCGCUGAUGAGCUCUUCAUGCUCGGCCUGCCUUUCCUGGCGGUUCAGAACACCCUCCAGUCGUGGCCGUUUGGCUCCUUCAUGUGCCGUCUGGUCAUGACUGUCGACUCCAUCAACCAGUUCACCAGCAUCUUCUGCCUGACCGUGAUGAGCAUCGAUCGCUACCUUGCUGUAGUUCACCCCAUUCGGUCUUCGAAGUGGCGGCGCCCUCAGGUGGCCAAAGUGGUGAAUUGCACUGUCUGGGCUCUGUCGUUCCUUGUUGUUCUGCCUGUGGUCAUCUUUGCCAACAUCCAGAAGGCAGGAGGUACCUGUAACAUUGCCUGGCCAGAGCCGGCUAAAAUCUGGCGGGCGGCUUUCAUCAUUUACACCUCCACAGUUGGAUUCUUCUGCCCUCUUCUUAUCAUCUGUCUCUGCUACUUGCUCAUCGUCUUCAAGAUCCGCAGCUCGGGUAAAAAAGUCCACGCCACCUCAACCAAGCGAAGGAAGUCGGAGAGAAAAGUGACACGCAUGGUUGUGAUCGUUGUUGCCGUGUUUGUCUUCUGCUGGCUGCCUUUCUACGCCCUCAACAUCAUCAACCUGCUGGUGUCCCUGCCCUCAGAAUACCAGGGUCUUUAUUAUUUUGUCGUAGUGCUCGGCUAUGCUAACAGCUGCGCCAACCCCAUCGUCUAUGGCUUCUUGUCAGAGAACUUCAAGAGAGGUUUCCGGAAAGCCCUGUGCCGCUCCACGAGGAAGGUGGAGAACCACGAGCCCAUGGAGCGCCAGCAGCAGCAGGAAGAGGGGAGGAUGGCGCUCAUGCCCAGGGAGAGCCUGAGACGGGCAAUCGGGGACGAAGAGGACGAUGACGAGGAAGACGUGUCAGAAAUGACUGAGAUCUACAGAAUCGCCCAGAAUGGCAACAGCAGCUUCCAGCCACAGGGCUCGCAGCCGCUGCUCUCGGAGAAACGAGCGACUCCACGAGCAACAGAGCCGUCGUCCCCAGACGAGAGGGACAAAGCUGGGGACACGAAAGGGAAAGAUCAAGUCAACGGGUCCACGCUGACUGUACCGUUGCUUCUCAAUGGAACCAAGAAUGGGAGCAUUAAAACUCUGCCAGAAGAAGGCUUGGAACAGAGCACCUCAUUGGAGAUUAGUUACUUAUAGUGUAAAAUAUGGACUGUGUGUUACUUGCCUCUAAUCCACAACAUUGCGCUGUUUGUAAUGGAGCAAAAAGCCCAUAAAAAAUAAAUAAUGAAAAAUCUCAGAUGGGCCUUACGAGUUGCUAUUUUUGAUCAAUGGACUCAAAAGUUUCUUUAGCAUUUAAAGGAGUUGCUAAAGUUUUACCAACAUACAGAAUGUAUUACUGUAUAUUAUGUACAUAUAUAUGCAUGGCUGAAUGUACAAAGUUGUGCCUUUAUUUUCUUUUAUCACAUGUAAAUUGUUGAUUGUUGUGACUAUCAUUUGCUCAAAUUUAACUGUAUUUAAGCUUUAGUCAACAUUCACUGCAACCAUCUAUGCAUUAGCUGAAAUACUACAUUGAUGACAUGACUAUUACUUUAAUAGUUAGAUAGGAAUCCCAUGCAUGCAACCCCAUCUCCUAUUAAUUAUGUUUAUAUACAUCUUUCCAGUUAUGUUUUAAGGGAAAUGUACUUUCUGCCAGGAUUAUGUUUGUUGCGGGGAGGUGGUCGGGGUGGAUGGUGGGUGUGGGAAAUGAUCGUACAAAUAUGAUAAUUAUCGUAACGCUGCUCGUACAACAGGUCUGGAGCACUCAAGGAUUUCAUUCGUACCUAAGAGAAUAUUCAAAGUAUGAAUGCCACAAAUUCUCUUAAAUCAUUCGUUUGUGCCACUCAAGAAUGAAUCUGUUCACACGACUGGUUCUUACAUGAGGCUGAAUGUUUCCUCAUUAUGUUCAGGUGGUGUUACGUUUCCUUCAAAACUUAUUUGCUAUUGCAAAUUCGUAGUAUAUUAACAUAAUUUCUAAGAGACAGGGUUGCAGGCCUUCACAUGUUAGUUCUCAUUCAAUAUAUACAAACAUUGUAAGUGAAUAUUAGCUUUUAUGUAUUUUUGAAAUGAAUCUAAACUAUGUUCUAGCUGAAAUUGUGACUGUGGUGAAGGGUUUGCUUUGUCUCCCACAUUAUAGUUGGAAAAAUUUCAUGAAAGCAUAAAGUUGUGGGUGAUAACAGUUCACUCUGGCCAAAAGCUCAGAAUUCAUAACUGCAUCUUGUUGCACAUUUGAUGAUGUGAGACAAUAAACUAGCUUGUGCUGCUUGCAGAACAAGAUGGAUUGAAAAACACACAUGGAAUGGAAACAACAAUAUUGCUUUUAUCAUUUCUGUUGAUUAUUAACCCAAAAAAAGCAUAUCGUUUCCUUUGUAGUAUUAUAAUUUUGCGUCAGUGUACUAACCAGUACAACAUAGAUUAAAACCGGUAAUCCUAAAGAGUCUUAUGUAGAGAUGAAUCCUUUGUUACAUCAUGUACAACUGCAACAAUUAAAAGUUAAUAAUUACCAUUUUGUUAUCAAAAAAUACUUUUAGGUGGUUUACUUAACACCGGUGAUACACUGUGUCAGGAAUGUCAGUUACCUGGACUAUAAAUGACGCAGUGUUCCAAUCACGCUGGCUUUGGGGAGGUGUGCAAAUGUAGUAUGUGUGUGUUUAUUGUUGUAUAGAUUGAAACUGACGCAUAUUACCGAUCAGGUACCAAAUACAGUCUUUAUCAGACGUGCUCAUAGACUCCACUACAUCCAUACAGUAUACAGUCAGACCACGGCUGCCCGACAUGACGAACACGCACUUUUGACUGUCAGCAAAAGUUACAGAUGAAUCCUCUUCAGAUCAGCCCAUCUGAUCUGACACCUGAUUAAUGCAGAAUAAUUAUGCAGCAGCUCAAAACUGCAUCACACGUCGAGAUCAAGCGCAGCCUGCGUCAUAGUGCACAGAGCUGCAGACACACGCGUUUAAAACUAGCGCAUUAAUAUUCAAAGACAAAUACUUAAAGGGGAACUCCACUGAUUUCACACAUCAAAGUCAAAGUUUACAGGUGUGCUGCAUAUGUGAAAAAAGUUGCAUAAAGCCUUUUGUGUCUCCAGAGGGAGCUGCGUGAAGUCUGAAGACUACAAGUUAGAAACAUCUGAUGGUGUGGAGUUAGAAAGAAGUGAGCUUACCCAUGUCCCCGUUUAGAGGACAGAGGAAAUCAAUCUAAGCUGAUUUCAUUUUUACCACAUCUUGCUCUCGAGCCUUAUGUCUCUCGUGACGUCUUUAUAUUUUGGAUGUGAGUGACGUUUUUGUUUUUUCUCAUGUUUGACUCGUGUUUUUCUCAGACCGUCAGAAGUCUGAGCAUCUUGUUCUUUUCGCGUCGUUUUGCUGUCUGAAUAAAUCUUGCAUGCAAGCUGCGACUUGCAACUUGAGAUCAUUUCCUCUCGUGCUAAUUUUGACAUGUUUAAGCAAUUACAUUUUUUUGAUUGAAAGCAGCAACAGUGACUUCAGUUCCCCCUGAAUCUCCACCUUACAGCUAAGACCUUGAGGGUUCAGAACCAUUUAAACUGCUAGCUCAGUGUUAGCUUAGCGAGGGAAUAUGAAUGAACAACAAACAGUAUAACCCUGAUCAACACUGUAAACUAGCUUACAAGUAGUAGAGGUAGUAUUACUGCUGUCUGUUGCAUGCUCUCAGUCUUUCCAUACUGUCCACACUGCUGACGGUUGACUGCUGUAUUAUAUGUUGGGGGUGGAGGGUGGAUGGAGGGGUGAGUGUCCCGGGGUACGUCAUAGAUUUUUCACUGUUUUUUUGGGGGGUCAAGUGGGCAGAAUUACUGGAUUUUCUGUGGAAAAAGGGGAAUAACUUGCAAUAAACACUAUAAAAUGGCACCAGGGUCAAAAGAUAGUGUAAUAAAGUGGGUGUUCGUGUAACUUACUAACUUAAAAAAGUGGAUUUAGUGUGAAGUUACUCUUUAACAUGAAUACUGGGCUUUCAUAGGAACGCUCACCCAACUUCUGGCACAUUUUACUCUGUAUUCGUGACUUCAGUACUUGAGUGAAUGUGCUUUCCACCGCUGAAAUAAAAUUUGCAGGUAAAAAAAAAAACAAGCACUUAUUCUAAAUCGCAGCAACACCUCUCCACCAUUCAUCAGAAACUCACCUCACUGCAGUUCAUUCACGAGUGCGAACACACCGCGCACUCUGCUGCCAGCCACGUUACAUUUAGCUGUAAAUACAGUGAAACGGUGCUCCUGCUCUGCCGGUCUUCAGCCCCCACGCACACCCUUCUGCAAAGAUCCUCUGAGGAGCAUACAACCAUCAUUAAAGGCGCAUUAAAAACGGAUUUGCCUGGUUGACGCUUUAUUUGCCAGACCCUCAGGGGCUGCAGUUUGAUGAGAGCCGAGAUUUGUGUUUGCUUCUCUCUCUGUGAGUAAGCUGUUUACUAAUGUUUGUGCGUGUGUUUGUUCGGCUAUAAAUACUGUUGGUCUGAGCCUCCUGCCUGUGUGAUCCCAGACUCCCCUCAGUGAUAACCCACCUGUGCUUACUGUACACGGAGAGGUGAUAGUCAGUUGAUGGGUCUGCUGGUGGCUUCGCUAUGACUCAGUGUGAUUCUCUGCCUACAGGCUCCCACCCACGUACAAUAUGGACAAGACGCAGGUUAACUCUAACAGCCUAUUAUUCACUUUUUUUCUUUGGCAGGAGCAACUGUGGAAGCCCUGUGAAAACACUGUCAUCAGCUGAAGAGUAUGAACACAACAAGGUCCACACAUGAUCCUAAUGAACAUUAACGCUUCCCUUUCGAGCCUGAUUAAAUAUCUCCGUCAAACCAGCUUUUUCUUUUUCACUUUUAGCACGUUCAAAUGGCCGUGCUUGCAGAAUAAUGCAUGUCUGAUUUCCACAGUGUAAUCAAGAGUUGCAGAAUGAUCCCGCUGGCAAUGCUACCUGAGUGGGAGUCUUUAUUACUUUGUGUUUUCAAAAGUCACUUAACGUGAAGUGUUGGUGUUGAUUUAAGUGCAGGCACAGUUUCCCAAUGGGACAUAAACAAAGUGUCUGCAGCAGAGCGUACACUACUUCUCUUCAUAUCAGAUUGUUUGGGAUAAAUUCAAUGUGUAACAUAAUUCUGCUGGUUACAGGUUGGUGUAGAUUUGGUAUAUUAUAUACACUGGAUUGUUAUUUCCUGUUUGUUUGUUUUGUUCUAAUAGUGCUGCUGCAGUUUAAAUAUUUUGUGCCAUAAUGACAAAUCUGUCACUGAAUAUUCAUAUAUAUCAUUUAGAUUUGGAGUAUUAAGAAAUAAAUUAUGUGUUUCAGUGAAA